CGUUAAAAAAACCUCAACAUAAAAAACGUUUAUUCUUAAAAGAAAUGAUAGCAAAAAAAAAAAUUUCGUCCCUGUUUAUAUGGUUCGUAUGCUUCAAAACAAUAUUAUCGCAGAAACUAGGAUCAGAAAACCCGUCAACAUACAAUAUCGGAGGAGUGCUUAAUGAUUAUGAUAGUGAAAUACAUUUUCGGACCACAAUAGCGCAUUUAAAUUUUGAUCAACAAUAUGUCCCACGGAAAGUAACAUAUUAUGAUAAAACAAUACGUAUGGAUAAAAAUCCAAUAAAGACGGUUUUCAAUGUUUGUGAUAAAUUAAUUGAAAAAAGGGUUUAUGCAGUCGUUGUAUCACAUGAACAAACCUCAGGAGAUUUAUCACCUGCAGCUGUCAGUUAUACGAGUGGUUUUUAUCAAAUUCCUGUAAUUGGUAUAUCCUCGCGUGAUGCCGCAUUUUCCGAUAAAAACAUUCAUGUUUCCUUCUUACGUACCGUGCCACCUUAUUAUCACCAAGCAGACGUUUGGUUGGAAAUACUUAGCCAUUUUGGCUAUACGAAGGUUAUAAUAAUUCAUAGUUCCGACACAGAUGGACGAGCAAUUUUAGGUCGUUUCCAAACCACUUCACAAACCAAUUAUGAUGAUAUCGAUGUGCGAAUUGACAUUGAAUUGAUUGUGGAAUUUGAGCCGAAAUUGGAAAGCUUUGCAGAACAUUUGAUUGAUAUGAAAACUGCACAAUCAAGAGUCUAUUUAGUUUAUGCAAGCACCGAAGAUGCUCAAGUUAUUUUUCAUGACUCUGCUCUUAACAAUAUGACUCAGGCCGGACAUGUUUGGAUUGUAACUGAACAAGCGUUACACGCAAACAACACACCUGACGGCAUUUUGGGGCUACAGCUGGAGCAUGCAAACAGCGAUAAGGGACACAUUAGAGAUAGUGUUUAUGUGCUUGCAUCUGCCAUUAAAGAAAUGAUGUCUAAUGAAACAAUAACUGAAGCUCCAAAAGAUUGUGGUGACUCUGGAGUCAAUUGGGAAUCAGGAAAGCGUUUGUUCCAAUACUUGAAGACUCGCAAUAUCACUGGCGAAACUGGUCAAAUAGCCUUUGAUGACAAUGGGGAUAGAAUAUAUGCCGGUUACGAUAUUACAAACAUACGGGAAAAACAGAAGAAACAAGUUGUUGGAAAAUUUUAUUAUGAUUCGGAGAAAGCUAAAAUGCGCCUUAAAAUUAAUGAUAGUCAAAUAUUGUGGCCCGGUAAACAAAAGAAAAAACCUGAAGGUAUUAUGAUACCAACACAUCUGAAAGUUCUUACAAUUGAAGAAAAACCUUUUGUUUAUGUACGUCGAUUGACUGAUGAUGACAAUAGUUGCUAUGACGAUGAAAUUCCAUGUCCAAUGUUUAAUGCAUCACUAGGAACCGAAAAUGAAAAUUGCUGUCGCGGCUACUGCAUUGAUCUUUUAAUAGCUCUUUCCAAUCGUAUCAAUUUUACGUAUGAUUUGGCUCUCUCGCCGGAUGGACAAUUUGGACAUUAUAUACUUAAAAAUCAAACUACUGGCACAAUGACCGCACGCAAAGAAUGGACCGGCUUAAUCGGUGAACUGGUGAAUGAACAUGCCGACAUGAUUGUCGCACCACUCACCAUUAAUCCAGAGCGUGCGGAGUACAUAGAAUUCUCAAAACCCUUCAAAUAUCAAGGCAUCACAAUACUCGAAAAGAAACCAUCACGUUCGAGUACUUUGGUGUCUUUUUUGCAACCAUUUAGCAACACGCUGUGGAUACUGGUAAUGGUGUCGGUCCAUGUGGUAGCACUGGUUUUAUACUUACUUGAUAGAUUCUCUCCGUUUGGACGAUUUAAGCUCUCGCAUUCUGACAGCAAUGAAGAGAAAGCAUUAAAUCUUAGCUCAGCUAUAUGGUUUGCAUGGGGUGUAUUAUUAAAUAGUGGCAUUGGCGAAGGCACACCACGCAGUUUCUCCGCACGUGUUCUUGGUAUGGUUUGGGCUGGGUUUGCUAUGAUUAUAGUUGCCUCAUAUACUGCCAACUUAGCUGCUUUUCUCGUGUUGGAACGACCCAAAACAAAGUUGAGUGGCAUAAACGAUGCUCGUUUACGAAAUACAAUGGAAAAUUUGACUUGUGCUACGGUAAAAGGGUCUUCAGUCGAUAUGUAUUUCCGACGGCAAGUUGAAUUAUCGAAUAUGUAUCGCACAAUGGAAGCUAAUAAUUACGAUACAGCUGAACAAGCAAUAGAGGAUGUCAAAAAGGGUAAAUUAAUGGCUUUUAUCUGGGACUCAUCGCGACUUGAAUAUGAAGCAUCUAAAGACUGUGAACUUGUAACAGCUGGGGAACUAUUUGGACGCAGCGGCUACGGCAUAGGCCUACAGAAGGGUUCCCCUUGGACAGAUUCGGUAACAUUAGCAAUAUUAGAAUUUCAUGAAAGUGGUUUUAUGGAGGCUUUAGAUAAGGAAUGGAUAUUUCACGGUAACGCACAACUUUGUGAACAAUUUGAAAAAACACCAAAUACGUUAGGUCUCACAAACAUGGCAGGCGUCUUUAUUUUAGUGGCAGCUGGAAUUGGUGGUGGUAUUUGUUUAAUUAUAAUAGAGGUAAUUUAUAAAAAGCAUCAAGUUAAAAAACAGAAGCGACUUGAUAUUGCCAGACAUGCAGCAGAUAAAUGGCGGGGUACUAUUGAAAAACGUAAAACAAUACGUGCUUCUCUAGCUAUGCAACGUCAGUACAAUGUUGGUUUAAAUUCUCAUGGAACUGGAACUAUAAGUUUAGCUGUCGAUAAAAGGCGAUACCCGAGAUUAGGACAACGGGGACCUGAGUGUGCUUGGCCAUCUGAUUCAGAUAUACUCCGGAAUCGUCGUUUUAACAACGAUGGAAGCAAAUCCUCUAUAACAAUUGGAUUACAUACACCUUCACUGGGUAAAUUACGUCCUCAAGGAAAUCUUAUGCCACCACGAUUUUCCCCAGGCUACACUAGUGAUGUUUCACACUUAGUGGUAUAAAUUAGCUUAGUUAUUGUUAUAGUCUUUAAAAAAAUUAAUGUUUAAAGUACUAUCAGUAGAUUAAUGUGACAAUUACUAUGUUGAACUACUGACAAAUUUGAAUCCAAAUUGAUAUCCUAUAAUUACUUGAUAA